AUGCUGUUUUUCAAAAGCGAUCUUGACCUGUUUGAUCAAAAUGUUCCUCUGCCGGUUGCGAAUGCGUUUCCGACGACGGCAGAGAACAGAAUUGUUGCUUCGUCGUCAGCGCUCCGCAAUAUUACUGCAAAGCCGGUGACAGCAUUUGAGAUACCCAGGGUUGACGGUCUAGAAAAAAGCCAACUACGUUCUCAAGAAGAUAUUGAGCACGAGAGGACUGCCGAUUGGCUAGAGAAGAUCAUGAUGGGACCGCGCAUUCCCGAUGCCAUGCCGACAUCCGUCAAGAACAAGCUUAAAACAACAACCCAUUCUGCAUUCUUAUCGACGAAUCUGACAGCAUAUUUACCACGCGAAACAGAAGCGCUUAUGCUCUUCAAGUACUAUGUGGAUUAUGUCAGCUAUCUAUACUAUGUAAUCAUUCCAAGUCAGGUCCAAGCCCAGAUCAAUGCCAUCUAUCAAAGCGUGCACAAUGGACAGAGAUCACCAUCAACAAGAGCAGGAGCAGUAGAUUUGAAUCAUCUCGCUCUUCUUUUCAGUAUCUUAGCCACUGCUACAUAUUUCCAGGAUAUGGGAGAAUCAGAAUGCACGUCGGCCGAUGAGAAGGGGUAUCGGGAGUACACCACCCUUGUGGCAGCGGCUUUGACUCAGAGUGAUUACAUGAAUUACCCUACCGUUGAGGGCCUCCAGGCCGCUAUAAUAGUCUCUCAGUUUCUUCCCAAUAAUGGGCAAGAUACUUCUGUCCGUGCCAUGUUCCACGUGGGCGCUUUGGCCCAUCAAUGUAGAAUUAUGGGACUUCUUCAGCUUGAUUCCGCACAAAACAAAGAUUUCAGGAAGAAACACGGGUUUGAUCCUGUAGAGUUGGAGAUAAAGCGUAGGUUGGUGUGGUCGGUCGUCUCUACCGAUUGGCUUUUAUCAUACAUGGGUGGUCCUCAAGAGGGAAGUUAUCUCAUCCAGCCUUCUCAUAUGGCCGUUGAUUAUCCUGCAAACAUUCCAGACGAGGAAAUUGGCAAACCAUCCCUGCCAGACCAUGUACCUACCACGAUGUCAUACUUUAUAUUCAGACUCAAAUUAUCAGAGUGCUGCCGGCAAAUAACUGACUACACGUGCCGUGAGCGUUUAGAAGGGAUCGAUGUUCCAUACAGCAAAAUCAUGGCUUUGGAUCAGAAAUGGAACCAAUACUACAAAGAGGUGCCGGAUUUUUUUCGGAUGGACAGUAUCAACCGUCGUAAAUACGCACAACUCUAUAAGGACUCACCUCAAAUCGCGUGGCAACGUCUUAUGAUUCAACAAGGAUAUCAUUCUCGUUUGUGUCGAUUGCAUCGCAGUUACUUCAUCCGGGGAGCGCGCGAUCCCAAGUACUCUUAUUCACAUAUUAUGUGUUUGAGUGGCGCGCGUCGUGUGAUAGAAAUCAAACGAAUCAUGGAUAAAGAGUUUCCAAAUACGCCAAGUGUUUCGUUGGCCUGGACCGUUAUUCACCACGAUUUUAUGGCAGCAGUUAUCUUAUUGAUGGAUGUCUGUUUUAAUUGGGAUGAUAUCUUGGCCGAGAAGCGGAAAGAAGAGGUCAUAGAGGCUUGUCAGAUGCUUGACAGGGCACAGAGGAGCUCCAAGGUCGUGCGUGAAGGGAUCAAUGCUAUGAUGGACGUCUUACGGGGCCACUGGGUGCCAAUUUCGAGCGAUCAAUCACCGCCACCAUCGCCUCCCCCUUCACAUCAACAGCAGCAGCAACAUUAUGCCCUACAGCAACAGGGUUCAAUUUUAGAUUCAGCGCGUGUGAUAGAGUCCACUAGUGAACGGAAGAAACCUGGUGAUGUUCCUUCGGCUACGCCUGCGCUUUAUAAUGCAUUAGAUGCAGGAACCGACGUGGUGUCUUCUACAAACGCCGCUGGUGACACUGGUGAUUUGGAGAAUUUAUGGUCCGAAUUUUUGGAUAACGGUGCCAUGAUGGCGGGUAGUCCGAGUGCGUUGAUGGACUUAUUAUCCGAUCUUAAUGACAUUGCUCCUACUAUGGCAGGGAUGGAUUCUACAUUCUGUUAA